GAAUAAAUAGGCACAGCCCCUCGCGCUCCGCCAUUUCGUUAGCUUGGGUCGUGAGGAGUCGAGCCGCGGAAUCAGUCACACAUCUGCUAUUUUUCCCGGAUACAGUAAGCUCAACAGUGUGGGGGACCGGUUAAUAUCCAUUCAGGUGGUUAACGAGACGUAACUCGGUGAAACAGCGCAGGAAGAUGUCGACCGAGCAGGCCGAAGCCGCCGCAGAGAAAGCGGGCCAGCCGCAGCAGCCGCCGCCGCAGCAGGGGGAGAUGAAUGGGAAAGCAAAGCAUGAGCCCGCGCCGAGCCGAAAGGAGAGGCCCCAGAAGAGAGGAGGAGGCGGCCGCUUCGAGCCCUACGGAAACGCCAACAAGAGAUACCGUGUUUUUGUCAGCAACAUCCCGUAUGAUGUGAAAUGGCAAGCACUGAAAGACCUGAUGAAAGAGAAAGUGGGUGAGGUAACGUACGUGGAACACUUAAUGGACGCAGAAGGCAAAUCGAGGGGUUGUGCUGUUGUUGAGUUCAGGACUGAAGAACUGAUGAAGAAAGCGGUGGAGAAGGUCAACAAGCACAACCUGAAUGGUCGUCCAUUGAAAGUCAAAGAGGACCCUGAUGGUGUGAUUGCUCAGAGGGAAGUCCACAAGGCUCAGGGUGGAGGUGGUGGUGGCCCUCCUGGGGGCCAUGGAGGCAUGGGGGGAAUGGGAGGUAUGGGUGGCAUGGGGGGAAUGGACCGUAUGGGUGGCAUGAACAUGGAUCGCAUGAACAUGGACCGCAUGGGCCCUGGACCCAGUGGCCCUUCCAUGGUCAAUAUUCCUCCCAGCCUGAUGAACAACCCCAACAUCCCCAAUGAGAUCAUCCAUGGUCUGCAGGCCGGCAAGAUUGGCAGCACCGUCUUUGUGGCCAAUCUGGACUACAAGGUUGGCUGGAAGAAGCUGAAAGAGGUGUUCAGCAUGGCAGGCAUGGUGGUGAGGGCUGACAUCCUGGAGGACAAGGACGGGAAGAGCAGAGGCAUGGGCACGGUCACAUUCGACAUGCCCAUUGAAGCAGUCCAAGCUGUCUCUAUGUUCAACGGGCAGCUGUUGUUCAACAGGGUCAUGCACGUCAAACUGGAUGAGAAGUCCCUGCCUAAAGGUGAUUUUGGACCACCUGAGAGACCUGCUGCUCUUCCCCGUGGCCUGAGUGGCAUUGGUCUGGGCUUGGGGCCUGGUGGGCAGCCCAUUGAUGCUGCUCAACUCAACAGAGGUGGAGGAGCUGGGAUGGGCAACAUGGGCCCUGGAGGAAUGGAUGGAAUGGGCUUUGGCAGCAUGGGAGGCCGUAUGGGAGGAAUGGACAACUUUGGAGGCAUGAACAACAUGGAUCGCUUUGGACCAUCUGGAAUGGGCAGAAUGAACGAGAUGGACCGUGGAAUUGGUGGUGCUUUUGACAGGGAGUUUGGUCGAAAUGAAAUGGGCAUGUCUCGCAAUAAUUUUGGAGACUCCUUUGAAAGAGGAAUGGGAAACUCCUUGGGCAUGGAUCGCAUGAGUUCUGGCAUGGACCGUCUGGGUGCUGGCAUGGACCGCCUGGCAGGGAUGGACCGGAUGGGGAUGGACCGGAUGGAGCGUGUGUCCGAUCUGGACAGGCUGGGUUCAGGCUUUGACCGGAUGGGUGCGGGGCUGGACCGGCUGGGGCCCACUAUGGACAGGCUUGGUUCAGGCCUGGACCGUAUGAGCUCCAGCAUGGAUCGCCUUGGCCCAGCUGGGUUUGACCGCCUAGGCCCGUCCAGUUUGGAGCGCAUGAGUGCCGGGCUGGACUUUGGCUCCCCAAUGGGCAUGGAUCGCAUGGGCAACACCGGGCUUGACAGAAUGGCCAGCAACUUCGAUCGCAUGGGAUCUGCAGGAGGUCUUGACCGCUUCCCCACCGGAGGACUUGACCGCAUGGGCUCCAGCAUGGACCGGAUGGGAACUGGAGGCGUUGGUGGCCAGUUUGAUCGUCCUGCUGACAUGGAUCGUGGAGGCUUUGGAGGCAAUUCCUUUGGAGGAGCUGGAGGGUCCGGAGCUGGUGGAGGCAAUGCCAGGAAGGGAUGCCAGAUCUUUGUCAGAAAUCUCCCCUUUGAUUUCACAUGGAAGAUGCUGAAGGAUACCUUCAAUACAUGCGGCAUGGUCCAAUAUGCUGAUAUUAAGAUGGAGAACGGCAAGUCCAAGGGCUGUGGCGUGGUCCGCUUUGAUAGCCCUGAGACCGCUGAGCGCGCCUGCCGGAGCAUGAAUGGCUAUCGACUGAACGGAAGAGAGAUUGAUGUUAGGAUUGAUAGGAAUGCAUAAGUUAUUUGUCUCUUAUUUUACGUCAUUAUAACCCUACUAUUCAACCCCUUGUAUACAUCUGUAUGACCUCAUCAUAUUCACAUAGUUUGUUAGACAUUUUUAAAAGUGAAAAUGUGUUAUUUUAGUUAUUGUUUGGAGUCUUUAUUUUUAGGUUUUUUUUUUUAGUGACCAAAAUUUUAUUUUCUUUUAUUUGUCAUGCUGCACCUGUCAUUGCCUUUGUUCUAUAAGGUGUUUUGAUAAAUAAACCUCAACAUUUUGAAAUAC